AUGUCUCAACACGAACGAGAUGAAAUGAUCAUCAUUGAUGGAGGCAUUUUGGAAGGUGGAGGUCAAAUCAUUCGAAAUACAACAGCCUUAUCACACAUUCUUCAUAAACCCAUGACCAUUGAAAACAUUCGAGCUGGACGUGAAAAUCCAGGUCUUCGAGCUCAACAUUUAAGUGGAGUUGUUUUAUUAUCCAUGCUUCCAUCGAAAUAUGAAUAUCAAUCCUCAUUGACUGAUUGUCAAGUAGGAUCUUCAACAUUUACCUUUCGACCAGUCAUUUCCAAAAAAAGAGAAGAAUGUGUGAAUUCUGAAAAUGGAAUUUGUGAAAAAACAAAUCCAUCUCCACCCGAAGUGAAAGUUCAUUAUUCUGAAAAUGAGCAUUGUAUCCAAUUGAGUGCUGAUUGUAUGACUGCUGGAGCAACGACCUUAAUGAUUCAAUCCUCAUUAUGUCCUUUAUUAUUUUUUGAUUCGAAUGGAAAGAAUGUUCAAGUGAUUUAUAAAGGUGGUACCAAUGUUGAUUUUUCACCACCAUUCGAACAAGUUUCAGAAGUCUUUCUACCUCUCUUGAAAAAGUAUUUUUUAAAAGAUUUGAAUGCAUCCUUGGACAUUCAAUUACAAUGCACACAACGUGGAUUUUUCCCAAAAGGAAAAGGACAAGUGGAAUUGAAAAUUUCCAAGACCAAGUUGGAUUUGAAGGGCAAAUGUUUGAGUCCCAUGCAAUUGUUACAUCGUGGAGAUGGUAUUUCAAAAAUUGUGUUGAAAUUAUUUUAUACAGAACGAGAUUAUGAGAAUAUGAUGGACAAGAUUGAACAAGCGUUUAAGGUCGAGUUUGAAAAGAAUUUUCCUGAUCACAAGUUUAAAAAUACUCCAAUUCAUGUCAUCAAAGAGAGAGUGAUCAAUAAUCCAGCUCGAUCUCGAGUCGUAUUUGGUAAUGCAUUCAUGUACGAUACAAAUGAGGAGUGUGUCUUUGAAGCAAGUUUUCAUUCCAAAGACUUUUCAAAAAAACCAAAAAAACAUUCCAAUGAUUUUAAAGUGGAUGAUCAUGUUGCGUAUGCAAAGUCUCUCAUUCAACAUUUAAAGAAGAAUUGGCAAGAACAAGGUUGUGUCGAUGAACAUGUACAAGAUCAAAUUAUAAUUUUUAUGGCACUCGCUAAGGGUAAAAGUCAAGUACGAACAGGACCUCUCACACUCCAUACACAAACUGCCAUUCACUUUUGUCAGAUCAUGACAGGGGUUUCGUUUAAGAUUGAGCCUCAGGAAAAUGGAUCCGUAAUCAUUGAAUGUGAAGGAGCAGGAGUUGCUUUAAAGUAA